AUGGUAGAUGAUGGCACGGGGAUACCACGACUAACUACUGCAAGUAAUUGUCCGGGCUUUUGUGGUCGUCAGGCAACUACAUGGUCAUCUGGAAAUAUCACUUAUUCCGAUUGCCAAGCAUGUAGUUGGGGUUAUCGAAGCGUGGAUAAAUUUUUGUGUAGUUCAUGUAAUGAUCUCUUACCGUUAUAUGAUUGGCUUUAUCUUCUUUUCGUCGCUAUUAUUCCCUUACUAUUGAAUUCAUUUUUUGUGCAAGUGUACGCUACACCAAAAAGGUCAGCAAGUGUGCGGCAGCACCUUUUCUUACAACAUUUAUGUUGCUUAUUGGAGUGUGGUACAUCUGCCUUGUUUUCUGUUCUCUUGAUGCCACCUCGUGGUUCACCACUUCUUUAUGGUUGUGCGAAAAGUUCAUUACGAGAAUGGUAUCCAAUGUUUUAUAAUCCUAUCAUUAAUCACACUCAUACCUUGCGAUGUACACAGGAAAUAGUCUUUCCACUAUAUUCCUUGCCUUUCGUCUAUUUGGCGUUCUGUUUAAUAUGCUUGAUCAUCUUUCGUUCAACCCUCUACUUAGCAGUAUUCAAGCACCACUCCGUGGGUACAGGCCCUUAUUAUGCCACUCUUUUUGCCAUUCCGUUAAUUGCACUUUUUCAUGCACUCAUUGCAGGUUUACUUUACUAUAGCUUUGGCUAUGUAACACUGGUCUGCAGCUUGGGUUUAAAUACACUUCAUAUGGCACUUGAACGAGAGAAAUCAAUGCGUAAAUUAUGUUUUGAGAUGAUUCAUAAACCACGAAACUUGUUCAUUUUAAUAAUUCAUAUGGCGCUUUUCGGUUUUUCCAUUUUCACGUUGACAAUCAGCCGUACAAAUAGCAACGGAUCAUUUAUAUCGUUAUGUGGGAUGUUACUUGUGCCAUUACCUUCGUUCUUAUACCUUGUUACUGUCGGAAUCACCGAUCCAGAACAUGUCCAUAAUGCCUCGUAG